UUUAUUCAGCUGUGUGUCAGAUGUGCUGUAAGCUAUGCAACUGCAUCACAGCUAAUUAAAUAAGGAACCAGAGAUGAUAAAAGUUUGAGUUGGGCUUUAAAUAUACAGGACUUUCUACUGUAGGCUAUGCGAUCUGAACUACUGAUCCCUCCGGUCUGAAAUGAGCAUCUCCACUGAGGAAACCCUGUUGGAUUUAAAUGAGAGUGGGCGUGGCCUGCAGGUGUGGUCAGCCACACCCUACUUGAUCAGUUUUGGUAGAGGCUUUAUUACUUUGAUGCCUCUAACCGAAGAAUUAUCCCAGAUUGGUUUUGAGGAUGCGGAGUCGCCACAGGAUGUUACCGCUGGGGGUCCAGGGAUCCAGCCGCACCACUGUGUCAUCACCAACAGUGCCGGAGUUAUUACUUUACACCCCGAUGGAAAUAUGUGCCAUGUUGAUGGAGUUCCAGUCACCGAGCCGACAAAGCUCACUCAUGGGUGCACUCUUUGUCUGGGUAAAUCUUUUUUCCAUUUCAACCACCCAGAGGAGGCUAAUCACAUGAAGAACAUGCUGCCAGAAAAGACUGCAGGACCCGCACUGUCCCUCAGUACGGAUACAACAAAGUUUCAUUCAAAUGGCAGUACAUUGGUAGGAUCCAGCAUUCGUGGCACACGCUCUAAGGCGGAGCUUCAGGAGUUGAUGGAGAGCUUGCAGCGCAGGAAGUCCGCUCUGGAGGCCAGCUUAAAGGCUACUGCAGACCGCGGUUACCUCACUUUGUCCCCACCUCCCAGUCCCCAAUCGCCAUCAUCCUAUCUACAGGACCGACCACCCCUUUCCAUACGAGUCCCAUCUCCUUACACACCCUCCAGCAGCUUGAGCAUGCCACCAUCGCCCCAUCACUCAGAGCGGCCCAUUAGCCCUGUCCCAACCCAAACCCGCCCCCGGCACCAAUCGCAGGACAACCUUUUGCUUUGCCUUCCUUCAGAAGGGCGACAUCCCAAUACUGCCAACUCACUGCUUUCUAUGUGGAACGGCUCUUCUUCGUCCUACAUAACCGAUGCUCUUCCUUCAUCUCGUCGAGGUCCAAGCGGGGCAGCCAGCAUGCCCUCCAGUCCUCGCUUGGGACGCAGGUUGCUAGUAAGAGAUGGGGAAUCCACCGUUGACCCAUUGCUCCGUCAAAGGAAAUACUCCACCGGCUCUCUGAAUGGCCUCGGAGGACACAGUCGGUCUCUGCCCAGGUUGUAUCGAGGAGAUGCCCCAAUGCUUUCUUUGCCACCCCGACGUACCACCAAACCACGCCGCAGCCUUCCGUCCUUGGAGAAGCCUCCAGAUGUAACCGUGACUGCUAACAUGACCAACAGUUCUCGCAGGGCCAGCCUCUGUUCUGUGGGCUCUGCCCCAUGUUUGGAUUUAGGCGUAGGAGAAAGACGGCUGUCGUUUGGUAAAGGAGGCCUGGGGCCCGGGAUGGGGCCGAGGAGGGGCAGUAUCAGUUCUCUGAGUGGAAAAGAAGAACUCAGAGAUUAUCAUCAGAGGCAAAGAGAUGAGAGACUACGAGAACAGGAAGUAGAAAGACUGGAACGCCAGCGACUCGAAACUAUCCUGUGCCUUUGCUCUGAGCUGGGCCGGUCUGAACUGGGCCGGAUGGAGACAGACUCGGGUGUUUCAGCUGUAUCGGACCUGCAGAAGAUCAACCGAGAGCUGGAGAAGCUGCAGGUGUCUGAUGACGAAUCUGUGUUCUCAGACUCUGCAGCAGCGUCUCUGGACAGCGGGUUUGUGGGUAAGGGUCGUGGAGAGGUCCUGACCCAGAAGCAGCGCAGACUCAGCGGACACAGGGAGACCAGGCCCCAGUCACCCACCACCAGCCUGCGAAGCUCAGUGCCCUCACCCUCUCCACACCUCCGCAGCAAGCAGGUGUCUGAAGACAUGCAGCUCAGACAGGAAGUGACACGUAUUGAAGAGGAGAGGAUUCAGGUGCUUAACAACAUCGAGGAACUUGAACAGAAGAUAAGAGAUCUGGACACACAGAUGGACGAGUCUAUCAGAGAGAUGGAGGUGGAGAGAGCUCUUUUAGACGGAGAGCAGGAGGCAGAAGUGGCUCAGCUACAGAGCGAUAAAGAAAUGCUGGAGCAACUUAACGAAAAAAUGGCCAACAUGGAAAAAAAUGCAAAAAAAAAUCAAACUCAGGACAAAGCCCUGUUGGACUCAGAGAGAGUUAAAGUAGAGAGGCUAGCUGAGCUGAUCUCAGAGCAGAAGACCCAGUUGGACACCUGUCCUGAAGCACUGAAGGAGCAGCUCCAGAAUCAGCUAUCCAGGCUCUGGAAAUACCUUUUGUUCUUGUUGGACACCGAAGCUUUGGAAGCGGAAACAAAGCGUUUUGAAGAUCUUGAGUUUCAGCAGCUGGAAAAAGAGAGCCGUCAAGAUGAAGAGAAGGAGACUCAGACGCAGCAGCUCCUCAGAGAGACUGCAGAAUAUCAGAGAUCUGUUGUCUCUCGCAAGGAGAGGCUACUUACCCUGAAGAAGCAGUCGACCCAGAUUACCCAGCAGGCACAGCGGGAAAAGGAGAACUUUUUGAAGGAGAAGAGCAACCUCAUUUAUAUGCUGCAAAGGGAACGGGAGAACCUUACAUCUCUGGAAAGGAAGUACUCUGACCUGACAGGUGGUCAAGCCUUUCCCCUCAACCCUGUGUCCAUGAAGGAGCACUUUCGCUCUCUGGAGGAGAGGAGGCGGAGCAAUGGCAGUAAAGAGGGCGGAGUUGUCCUGACUGACGGCGGAAUGUCCCGUAAAAGAGAGAGGCAGAGCUCCGGGACCUUAAACUCUGCCCUUAAUCGCAGUCUGUCGCCCAAGGUCAGACAACAGAUACGGCACAUAGGAAAACCCCAUAUGCCCCUGUCUCAGAGCUCUAGCUGUGGUAGUGUACUCCCCCGCACUCUGUCUGUCACCUCCCGUGAUCUGGACACCCGCCGCCUGCUCAAGGCAGGUCAGCUGUUCUUGAAUGAUGAGAGGCAGAGAAUGAGCGAGAUGUCAAAUAGGGCACUUUCUGAAACAAAUGUCUUCCUGGAGCCGUUCCACUACAUGGAUAACGGGCACAACUUUGACACAAUGAGUGUGGACAGUACAGAAAGCCUGGAGACCAGCAUUUCUGCCUGUUCACCGGACAACAUCUCGAGCGCCAGCACAGCUAACAUGGCGAAGAUUGAGGAGAUGGAGCGCAUGCUAAGAGAAGCUCAAGCUGAGAAGAACAGGCUGCUGGAGCACAGGGAGCGGGAGAUGGAGCUGCGCAGACAGGCUCUUGAAGACGAGAGGAGAAGGAGGGAGGAAUUGGAGAGAAGACUGCAGGAAGAGACGAACCGAAGACAGAAACUAGUGGAGAGAGAGUCUCGUCCCCUGACGCGAUACCUCCCAGUGAGAAAGGAUGACUUUGACCUGAGAGGUCACAUCGAGGCGGCGGGUCACCAUCCUGAAACAUGCUUUCACUUGGCCAUCACAGAGAAGACCUGCAGGGGGUUCUUGGUCAAAAUGGGUGGGAAAAUCAAAACCUGGAAGAAGCGCUGGUUUGUCUUUGACCGCAAUCGAAGGACACUGGCAUAUUAUGCUGAUAAACAUGAGACCAAAAUGAAGGGUGUUAUCUACUUCCAAGCCAUCGAAGAAGUGUAUUACGACCACCUAAAGAACGCACACAAGAGCCCAAACCCCUCUCUGACGUUCAGCGUGAAGACACAUGACCGGGUUUAUUACAUGGUGGCUCCUUCCCCAGAGGCCAUGAGAAUCUGGAUGGAUGUUAUCGUCACUGGAGCGGAGGGAUACACGCACUUCCUGGUGUGAGCAGGACUCAUCUUUGUUAAACAAGCCCGGGUUGACCUUCACACUUCAGCUCGGCCUGCUGAAAGCGUCCAGAUAAUGGGCUCGUUUUCCACGUCCCCCUUUCUGAAGAGGUCACACUUCUCUGAUUCUCUUUUAUCAGUACUGAUCGUGACGAGUGCGUCGACUGUUCGUUUUGCAGACGUCCAUGACCUAGUUUGGAAAAAAAACUGGUGCUUUACCCGCUGCGUCCUGUCCCGAGUUUACAGAGGCAGCUUUCAGACUUCAGAGGUACCAACUCUUGAAUUUUUCACCCAUUUUGUUCACUUCCGGGGUGAGACUUAGAACAGAUGUAAAUAAGAAAUCGCUCACUGGUCUUCACAUUUUCACAAAUGUGCCAACUCACAAGGAAGCUGGAUAUACCUCAAAGAUUAACUGAACCAAAAACUUCAAUCCAGCUGUUCUGGAGUGCCAUACAGACUCUAACAAACAUCAGGGUAUCGCUCAGUACUGUUUUUAUAUCCAGUACUGAACAUGAAUUUAUAAACUCUUUUUUUUUUUUUUUAUCAACCCUUGUAUGUCUGGAAACUUUGUAUGAUUCCCUCAUUUACCAAGUGCCUUACAUUUGUCAAUAUACUAUGAGGAGAGCUAUAUAUUUAGGUUAUUACAAGUGUUGUUUUGUAUUGAUCAGUUGUGCCUCCCCGAUGCUCAGGAACAUUCCAGAAGAAAGUAUUUAGCAGCAAAGACGAGCUGAGUUUGUGUUUCAGUGUGAUAUGAAUGUAAUAACUCACACCCAUCAUUUAAGAUGCCAUCUUUCAUAGGUGAUGCUCUCGAUAAUUUAGCACAAAUGCUUAUUUUCAUACGAUUUUUGAUUAGAAUCGUAGAUUUCUUGAUUGUGUGUUGUACUGCAAUCGACCAGCAGAGGGCUUUAGCUGAUAUGAUUACAGAAUUUAUUCACUGUAAGAAUUUCAUUAAUCUGAAAUAGGACACGUUUAAAGUUUAGUUUUGUUACCGCUGAACAAAUCUAUACCAUUUAUGUAGUAAUCUAUAUUAUAUCAGAGUCUGGGAAUAAUAGCAUGGCUGAACUUAUUGUGUGUAUCUCGUGUUAUUUUUGUUGUGUAGGAAUCAGUAUAUUCUCAUUUAGAGUGAUAAUAGUAAUACAGAAAUGAUAUGAAUAUUGAUGUCAAGAAGAAAUGCCAUGGUUGUCGUAUUAGGAAAAAAUGAACACACAGGUGCUAUCUGACAGCAAAAUGCCUAGUUUUGCUUCAGGAACCAGAUUUUUAGAAAUUAGAAAUAUAUAUGUGGUGUUUAAAAAUUUUACCAUCCAAAUGAGGCAAUAUUUAUUAAUUUUAUUUUCAUCGUUUUUUUCCGUGCCAUCAUGCCAAUUUAAGAAACCAAAUUGACCAAACUGCCUUGCAUCAUUUGUGCAGUCAUUCGACCUUAUUUCAAUCUUUUCCGGCAAACACUUUGACUUUUUAAACAAAAAUUUAGGCUGUGAAAUGAAUUUAUUUUAGUAGAUCAAUGCUCACUGUCGGGAAGGUUACUUUGGAAAUGAAAUAAUUUACAGAAUACAAUUUACCCUAUUUAAAAUGAAAUAAGUAGUGUAACUACUUUUUAAUUACUUUAUUAAAGGAAUGUAACGGAUUAUAUUUACUUUUGAAUAAUAAUCAGGUUUAACCUUACGAUUGCUGCCAGGACUUUCAAAAUCUUUCAGAAUCAAGAUUAUCAUAAUUUAAUUUCAAAGCAUAACCACCACAAAAUCAGACUGUAGCACAUCUUUGUACUUUGAGAGCAUUCUGAGGUUAAACAUAUUAAAACAUAUUAAAAUGAGUAAAUAUUAAUAAAAUAAGUAUUCAGAUGUAACCCCCUUUGUAAUCUUUAUAAAACAUUUUCAAACGUAAUUUAAUUACACAAAUUUUCUCAAUAAUGCAUAUAUAUAUAGAAAUUAAAUGUAACUAGUUACUCCCCAACACUGUCAGUGCUGAUGUGAAACAAAACAUUUUCUUAGAGGUGCUUUUUCAGCUUUCGUUCGGUAAACAAUACAGUACAUUCAAGGAUGAGCACAGCAAAGCUUUAUAUAGAUCACAAUAUUAUAAGUAUUUUUAAACGUAUCUUUUAUAUUCAGUGUUUAUCGGUAUUUUUAUAUAUAUGAAAGCAGUAUUUUUUAUUGUAAGCAUGUUUUUAUCUCAUAAAAUGUGAACCAUAAUAAAAACGUAUGAACGAGUAAAACAUA